CACCACAAAAACACUUCCUCCCUCCCCACCCACCCACGCACAAAUCGCGUUAUCCUUGGCUUGCUGCUCUUCUUCGACUACUUUGAGUUUUCCACCCAAGCCACUUUCCCGAUCCUGUCAGAGUGGAAAAAUACGAAAGAAAACAGAAGAGUGAAAAUUUGACGACCUGGCCCCCCCUGGCUGCCAAGAAGAAAGAUAAGAACCGCAGAAAUUGCGUGAUUGUUUCAGUUUUCGGUCCGUCGUUCGAUCCGCGCGUCGUGUCGUCGUGAUUGUGUCCUUUUUUCGUGCCCGUGACAAGAAAAACAAACAGCUCGCUACUUUUUAAUGUGAUUCACACUUCCGGGAAGUGCAAGAGGAGGAAAUGGAAAAGUUGCUCGAGGCCCAGCAGCAGCAGCUAGAUGACAUAACGAGCGAAUCGUCCUUUCUGGAGUUUCUCCGGAACGAGCAGAGCUGCCUGCUCGCGACUUCCGGUUCCAACGGGGGCGUCGCCGCUGGGUGUGGCCGUCAGCAACAACAACAACAGCAAGACCACGAUGUGGACAGCAUCCUGGAGCAGGUGAGCCGGCUGGCUGGGUUGGACGGAACGAAUCCGGCGGAUGACCGCACCGUGGACGAGAUUCUGCGGGAGGCGGAACGCCUGAUGCGCAAGCAACCCCUGUUUGGUGGGGGAGGAGGGGGAGGAGUGGUGGUGCACCGGGAACCGUGGUGCGUGGAUCUGCGGGACAUUUCCUGCGAAUCGACGCCGAUGGAGAUGAAGGAGAACGGCAUGCUGGAGGAGCUGGAAGCAAUCGCCCGGCGGGAGGAGGAGAGCCGGCUGGCGUUGGCCAAGCACCACAAGCCCAGUCCUGCUCGGACCGCCACCUACGAGGUCAACGACGAAGACGACGAGGAUGACGACGACGACGACCGCACGCUAGAGGAAGAGACGUCCGCUCCCUCUCCGGUACGGGACCAGUCCCGGCGAAGAAGUUUCGUCAUCAGCAGCCACCCCGACGACGAGCUCGACGACGGCCAACCGGAUCUCCGACCCGACUGCGACCAAACGUACACCCUUCCACCGGUCGUUCCGGCGAGCAGCGAAGAAAUGCGCACGAAACGACCGAGCUCGGGCGUUGCCCCGAAUGUCGUCAAGACGCCGCCCUCCAAGGCGACGACGACUCCGAAGAAACGCAACAGUCUGAGCAAGGGUUCCUCCGGCCAACCUCUGCGGAAGGCCACCGAGGAUAACAAGGAGAAUCAGUCGAGGAUUCGCGAUCUGGAGCAGAUCUACAACCUGACGUUGAACGAACCGACGGCGGCUUCGCCGCGCCGAGUCAAGAGUCCCGCGAGGAAGUUCUGCGACAAGUCGACGGCCCCCUCGCCAACGCACUCGGGGCCCUUGAACGACAGCUGGGCAAAGGAGCGCGAGCUCGAGCUCAGCAUUACGGAGCUGCAGGAGAAGCUCAAGGACACCGAGGAGCGGUACGAGAGUCUGAAGAUUCAGUACGACACGCUGUCGCAGGUUCACCGGGCGCUCCGGGAGACGCACGGUUCGAUCCAGGACGAGAGCGACCGGCUGAAGCUGGACGUGCAGCAUCUGACCGAGUGUGCCAACGUGUUGCGGGCGGAGUUGCAGUCGGCGCGGAGCGAUCGGGACGCGGCGCUGGAGCUGCAGAAGAUACUGCAGUCGGAGCUGGAGGAGUCGCGACGCGACCGGAAGCGCUACCAGGAGCUGAACGAAAAGGACACCCGCACGAUACAGGACCUGCAGCGGCAGUGCCGCGAGAUGGAGCGGAUCUUGAUGCGGAAGCACCCGGACUCGGUGUCGGCGCUGAUUGUGGCCAGCAAAAACACCACCAACAGUGCCCAGCAGCAGGAGUCGUCCUCGUCGCAAACCCGGCGUCUUCUGGAGCAGCGGAUCGCCCAGCUCGAGGCCGACGCCAAGGAGCAGGACGCGAAAGCGCAAGGUAUUCUCGCGAACGUGCAAGCCCGCUUCAACAGCGUGCAGGCCAAGUACGAGACGCACAUUGCCGACCUGGAGAUGCAGGUGCUCAGCCUGCAGGAGAUCAACUCCAAGCUCAACGAGAAGAUCAUCCGCCAGAUGGAGGAGCUGUCGAGCAUUACGAGCCACGCGGCAACCUCGCUGACCGCUGCUUCCGCCGCCGCGCAGGCCCACGUGGCCACCAGCAGUUGCUUCACGCAAACCGAAGAGCUGCCCGAGCGGGAGUGCUCUCCCGCAGGCAGCAGCCACAGUUCCGGUACUAAAACACGGUCCAUUUCAGUGCAAACCGAUAGCAAGCUGACGGCGGCGGGCACGGGACGUGCCGGAGCAGCGGGUCAACAGCAGCCGAAGCGGGCCGCGUCCGCCAGCGCUGCGGCGGCCAGUUCGUCCAAGCAGCUGCCCAACUCGCUGUCCGACUCGCAGAUCCAGAGCCGCGAGGACGCCCACCUGUUGGCCACGAUCCGGGGCAUGCGGGUCGAUCUGGCCAUCAAGGAGAAGGCGGUGCAGCGGUUGACGCGCGAGGUCGAGGACUGCAAGCGCACGAUCCGGAAGUUGCAAAAGGAGCGCGAUUCGUACUUGAAGCCGGAAGGUGGAAAGCCGGCCGUGAAGAGUGGGAAAGCGUACGAUCCGGCCCAGUUUGCCGACGGUGGGGAUGGUGGCGGCGGCGGGAGUGCCCUCAAGGAUGCCAACCUGAAGAUCAGACUGCUGGAGGCGGACUACAAAACGUUGCAUGACAAGCGGCUGCAAGAUCUCAAAACGCUGCAGGCGGCCCACGAGCGCGAGCUGGCCGCGUGUCACGAAACGGUCCGGAUCAUGCAGCAGCGGUUGGCCGACCGGGAGGACCACCUCCAGCAGCAGCAACACCAGACGAAGGAGAAGCGACGGCCAAACCACAACGUGGACUACUACGCGCUCAAGGCCAAGGUCACCUCGCUCGAGCGACGCCACACCGAACGGGAACAGCGCCUCCACAUGCUCGUCGAAGCGCUCAGCAAGGGUGGCAAACUGAACGGGGUCCACAUCCGGCAGCUGGCCUCCACGUCGUCUUCCGGCGGCGGCGGCAUCGACGAAGAUCCCCACAAUCUGGCCAGCAUCCACCAGCAUCAUCAGAAUGCCACCGUGGGAGGAAAUUUGUAACUUUCAGAUUUUUUUAGAAAAGAAGAAAAUCUCUCCCUCGUUUUUCUAUAACUAUUCGUGUUUUGAACUUUUAUUUGUUUUUAGCAUUCUCUCUGUGAAAGACUAUUUGAAGCAGAGAGGAACAAUUAAUAAAGUAGAGUUACACUUAGAGUUUAGAGCAGACUAAAGUUGGAAAAGUUCGGUAAUCCGGACUCGACUUUUAAAAAAGACACAAAACCACGUACUUGUUGGGUUCCUACCAGAUCUAGAUAUUCCACGUAACGAUGCUCUCUCCCUCUCCCCUUAGAUCUCAAACAAGAUUAGUUUUUAGAUUGUUCCCUACCUUGAAAAGUAGACAACCGACAGCAAAUCAACCUUAGAGUGUUAAAAAAAUAUAGCAAUUAUUGGGGACGGGAAAAACGAUAGAAUUAAACACGUUUUUAAGAAAAAGUACUAGAACUCAACAGAUCUCAAUCGUUUUUAGAAUUAUUGUUGACCCAAAGCGACCGGAAAAGCUUAUUUUUACAUUUUCUUCUAUGCGCCAUCUAUCUUUUGGAGGGAACAAUACGACGUGUUGCGUGCAAUUUCGUCAACUUGCAUUCAAAUGUUGUAUUGCUGAUUGCAAAAGAUAGAUGGCGUUAACUUCAAAAUUUAAAUUAAAAGGUAAAAUUAUGUUCAAUUAAAACACAGUGAUUUAACAAAAGAGACUGCGUGUGUGUGUACCGAAAUUGCGAGAAAAUUAAUAAAAAAUGUGUUAAGAUAGGUGCGCGAAAACGUUUUGAGAAUUAAAUUCUCCGCCUUUUCGCUUUGACGACACGUAAAGUGACUAGAACUAUAAGUAUAGGUGUGACUAAGUGUACAGCCGGAGUGUGUGUCCAAGGUAAGAGAAAGCGCUCUGGAAAUAAUAAUAAUAAUAAAGGGAGGGAAAAGAGUUGCAACCUGAUUGUUGCAAGCGAGUUUUCUUAGAAACUUCAGAUAAACGAAUCAUCAACCCAAUUUUUUGUCGUAUCUUUUUUCUCACUUUUAACAUCAAAUUCGAGUUCUGUGACCCCACAUUUGUCAAAUUCUAGUGGUUGAUUGCCUGUUACAUCACCAAAUGCAUUUUCAAUAUUUCUUAACGCUAUAAUUGGCGUUCAAAUCUUGAAUUUAAAAUUUACAAAUCACUUUAAAGCAUUUUUGGGGUCAUAUUUGAGCUCAACGACCCAAAACAAGACAACAAAUUGUUGAAUCGGAGGAUUUGGAGAAAAAAAUAUGUACAAAUUUUGUUAUUAGUAAAAUUCUAAAUUCUUUUAAUUUUUUUUCUCCCUCUUCUCGACUACAACCAGGGCAAACGUUUCUUGUGAAAUUUGAAUUAGUCUUCGUUAAACCUGUGAAAUUUGUAAGAUUGAAAAAAAAAAAUUAAAAAUGAAAAAAAGGUCAACAAUUUUUAAAUGUGCUGUUUUUUUUUUUUUAAUUUAGAAUUGGU